UGAGGAGAUGCAGAAGGGCUCGGGAGCGAACCCCAUCAGCGACCGGACGUUUCUGCGCCUCCAAACGACGCGCGGACCUCUGGCGCCGCUCCGUGUAGCACGCGCCUGACGCGCACGCCUCUACCGUGUCUGUGGAGUGGAGCGAUGAGGAGGCACAGUCUGUGGGCGCAGACACAAGCAAGGCUGCCCGAGCAGGUCAUCGUCUUUAUCGAGAGGCUGGAUUAUUCCCCUGGGCUGCUGGUUAAAACAUAUACCAAUGGCUUGGAUAUAGGCUGCUGGUUAAAACAUAUACCAAUGGCUUGGAUAUAGAGUCAUCUGUCACUAGUCUGCACACACAGAGAAAUGCUGAUGCUGAACCGAUCUACUGGGAUGCCAGCGGAGAAGAAAAAACAGGACAACUUCUAGAAAUGAAUUGCUGCACCCAUCAGACACAAUCUCACAGUUUGCGCUUGAAAUUCUUCACAACACAUCACUGAACCCUGCUCACGACCUGCGUUCUCCAUCACCGUGUUCCUGCUCCUCCUCUCUGUCCCUCAUCCUGUCAUUUCUGCUCUGAUCUCACACACUUCCGGUCUCCUGGGAGAAGUUCAGCAGCAGCCUCAGGGCUCCGGUCCUGUUGAACCCCUAACAUCUCCCCCACCCAACUCCUACCCCUCCCUGCUAUGUCCAACGACAGCGCCAUCCUCGGUGCCUGGGAGGGCUCCCACUGGGCGGAUACGUCUCAGUGUCCACCAUCAGUAGGCGGAGCCACUUUCCUGAUAGUGGCAUACAGCGCUGUCAUAGCAAUUGGGUUGCUGGGCAAUGCAGGCCUGGUAUUCAUCAUCACCAGGCAACAGGAGCUGCGCAACGUCACCAACAUCCUCAUCGCCAACCUGUCGUGCUCAGAUAUCCUGAUGUGCGUGGUGUGUCUCCCGGUUACGGUCAUCUACACGCUGAUGGACCGCUGGGUGCUAGGGGAGGCCCUGUGUAAGGUGACUCCAUUUGUUCAGUGCAUGUCUGUGACAGUGUCUAUCUUCUCCUUGGUGCUCAUCGCUCUGGAGCGUCACCAGCUGAUCCUCCAUCCCACCGGUUGGUCCCCCGCUGCUGGCCACUCUUACCUGGCUGUGGGGCUCACGUGGCUGGUCGCCUGCUUCAUCUCCCUGCCCUUCCUCUCCUUCAACAUUCUCACCAACGACCCCUUCCAGAACAUCAGCCUGCCUGCCAACCCGUUCAGGGACCAUUUGAUCUGUAUGGAGCUGUGGCCAUCAGACAAACAUCGACUCGCCUACACAACUUCAUUGCUGAUCUUCCAGUACUGCCUGCCACUUGUGCUGGUCCUUCUCUGUUACCUAAGGAUCUUCCUCCGCCUGAGAAGACGCAGGGAUAUACUGGAGCGCAGCAGGAGGACUCGAGGAGCGCAGAGGAUUAACAUCAUGCUGUUAGCCAUUGUGGUGGCCUUUGCUCUAUGCUGGCUCCCGUUGAAUGUCUUCAACACUCUGUUUGACUGGCACCACCAGGCCCUCCCUGACUGUCAGCAUGAUGCUGUCUUCUCCGCCUGUCAUCUCACGGCAAUGGCUUCUACCUGCAUCAACCCCGUGGUGUACGGCUUUCUCAACAGCAACUUCCAGCGGGAGCUGAGGACAACAUUGCAGCGCUGCCAGUGUGGCAACCGGGCGGGGGAGAGCUACGAGAGCUUCCCCCUGUCCACCGUGGGCAGCGAGGGAGUGACGAAAGCCACGUCGCUUAACAGGAUGGGAUCCGUUUGCGUUCCCUCGCCCAGACUUGAAAUGAGUUCAGCUGUACUAGCCAAAACAUUACCAGCUAACAUGUAAUUUUGAGGACCAUUUAAUUUUUCUCUGACAAAGUUUUAGCUGGGACGUUUGUCAGGAGUGUAUAACAGAGACAAGAGAUGAGGAGUAUGGCUGAUGUAGCUUUGAGCCCAGAUCACAAAAAGGCAAACUGAGGACCAACUCACACCGUUUAAGAACUAUUACCGGAGCUGCCAAUACAGACACUCAAAAACCAUGGCUUUCAAAUGGUGGUACAUGGAUUACUAGUUGUAUGUGAGUUCUGCCAAAUAGUACAAAGAAGACAUUUUUUAAUAUAAUCUAUUUCACAUGUUUGGCUAACAGCUUAAGGUUUCUGCAUGGUUUCCCCAUCUUUGAGUCAGGCACUGAUGAAGUUUACCUCGGCCCAUGGGUAGCUGGCAUAAACAGUCUCCUGGGAUCCACAUUGGUUUCCCAUGGAGGUACUUGGCAGACCCUUGCAGAUGGCACACCUGACAAACUUUGCAUCUGUCUGGCCUCACAACCAAGAAGAUGCAGAAGUCAUGCAGUCAGCUUUUACUGUUUUAGAUCAACUGUAAAAAGUGUCCUUUUGAGAGGUUCUUGACAUAUAGUUGUUAUUCUUGAUGUUCUAACUUGUGUUGUGUGUGAAUGACCACUUUAAAGGGACUUUGGUAUAAAAAUGUAUUUUUUGUUAGCUGUAUUAGUGGUACCUAUAGAGCUAAUUAUUAAAAAAAGUAAGUUGGAGAACAGCAGUUCUUACAACACUCUUGUACUACAGGUCCACUGAUGCCUCUUUUCCUGAUAAAUCAAUGGGUUUCUUGAUGUUGAACAAAGAGGCAUGCCCCUAACUGCAAGACUUUGUAAUCUAAGUUAUAGUGGUGGUUUCAUUGUCAAACCAUACAGUAGGGUUCUCUUCACAAAGUCAGGGCUUUGGAGUUCCAAAUAGGAAAAAAAUGAACUGAAACAACUCUUCUUCAAGGUGAGUUGAAAAUCAUAAAUUUAGCGUAUCCGAAUUGGAAAUUGACAGCAGUUGAUUUGGGUUGUUUGGUCAUUUUCUUACACGCAUAUCUUCAUAGCUUAAAAGUAGUUCACUUUCUCCAUUUUCUGCCAGUAUUGUUGAUUUUAAGCUGGCUCAAGCGUCUUUGCGUCACAUCAAUCUUUUCUAGUUUAUGGACCGUCAAUCUUCAUAAAAGAAGAAAUAUUGAAGCUAAAACUCUGUCAUUUCUGUGAUAAUGUAAUGUAUUUUAUUUUCCUUUUCGGCAGAGACAUAUUCUAUGCACUCGUGGUGACAUUAGUUGAAGAGGUCUAUUGCUAGUUAUCCUGGUCACUCAGAACAACACUUAAACAUUAUAUUUUUUUCUGAUUUUCAAAUUGAACACAGCUAAGUUGGGUUAUCUUUCCCUGAUCGGAGUUCCAACUUCUAAGGAAAAAUAGAGUGAAAAAAGGGAUCUGGCAUCUAGAGGCAUAGGUGUUUCUGCCAGUCAAAACUGACUGUUAGGUUGUGAGGAAGUCCAAAACCCAGGUAAACA